AGAGUUGGUAAUUGUAUGAGACGUUUAUGCUAUUGCUAUGUGCUAUUUGUGUUCAACACAUAUUUCUACACAGCCGGAUGCUGUUUACUCCAUACAAAGUGAGAAGACCCGUCUUAUCUGGGCAGCAAGGCAACAUUCUUCAACACUUUACAACACUUUUUGCCUGUCGUCUUGCAUAAAUGCAGAAUAUUGAGCCUUUUGGUGUGGGUGUCAUCACCCUACGCGCUUUUUGCUAGGCGAUGGAAGAGCAGCCCGUCCAGGUGAGUGACAAAGAACGAGUGGUGUUGCGAGAAGACAGCCGUCAAAGGCGACGACGGAAAGCCAUCAUGUCGUCGUCCUGCGCAUCAAUGGAUCACAUCGCCGUGGAAUUUGUUCUCCCCACGGUGGCGCGGGGCUCUGACUGUCCUGACUUGCUGCAACUGGAGGUCGCGGGAAACUGGACAGUGGAACAGGUGAAGGCUCAAGUAUGGCUCAAUGCGGUGACGUCGAACCUCUGCCCGGAAUUUUAUCAACGGUUUUCUCCGGACCAUUGCAUCCUUCUAUACCAGAAGAAAGGCAACACUUGCGAAAUCUACGACAAGCACCAAGUCUUCCAGACGCUGGACUGCGUACGCUAUUGGAGAGCGCUGAAGAAGGAGGUGGGCCGAAUCAAACUGGUGCCCCGUCCGCAGCCCUCUGAUGAGACCCUUCAGUACCAGCGGUAUCUCAACUAUCUAAUCGGCUACGACGUAACUGACGUCAGCAACGUGCACGACGACGAACUGGAGUUCACACGUAGGAAGCUGCUGACGCCGCGACGCCUCGAGUUGUCGGAUCGUGAAGCCAAGCUCUACUCCAUGGACCCUUGGGUGACACAUAAGCUGCUGCCUGAGCACCUCCUAGGGAAGGUCAGUAACGGUCACAUCCUGGUGGUAAUCCACAUCAGCACAGCCAGUCAAACCAUCAAAGUGUCCAUCGAAGAUACACCAGCUCAGGUUUUGUCCAGCUUCUUUUCCAAAAUGGCAAAUAAGAGAGGGUUGCUGGGCAUGCCUGACAACACGUGCGAGGCGGACUAUGUGUUGCGUGUGUGUGGCAGAGAGGAGUACCUGUAUGGAGAAGAACCACUGCAGAAUUUCAACUGGAUCCGUCAGUGUCUGAAGAAGGGCGAGGAGAUCCACUUGGCUCUGGAGACACUGCCAGACCCAGAAUUGGAUAUAGUCCAUGAGGAGGACUGGGCCCAGGUGGAUGAUUGCACUGGAGUUGCCGGAACACAUGAACAGCUGACCAUCGACGAGAAGGACCACGAGCGAGUGUUCACCGUCUCUAUGUGGGACUGUGACCGGAAGUUUCGUGUAAAGGUGUUGGGAAUCGACAUACCAGCGCUUCCUAAAAUUCCGGACUUUGUUGUGUUUAUUGAAGCUAGCAUCUUUCACAGUCAGCAGCUUCUUGCUCAGGAGCGGACGACCCCUAAAGCCUUUAGUGAAGAGGUGUUGUGGAACUGCUGGUUGGAGUUUAACAUUAAAAUCAAGGACCUGCCUAAAGGGUCCCGACUCAACCUCCAGGUUGUAUGCAGGAAACAACCGCAAACACCAAACUCAAAAGGAUCUUCCUGCCAGGAUAACGCAUCAGGAAGUCACGACGGUAAGUCCGUGAACCUCCGCAAAGCAUUCCCCAACUCAUUUGCUUCCAUUCCCCAAGGCAAAACCAAGAACCGCCUCUUGUACUACGUCAACCUGCUACUGAUCGACCACAGGUCGCUGCUUCGCCAAGGCGAAUUCGUCCUGCACAUGUGGAAAAUGCCUGAGAAAAGCGAAGAGAGCAGCAGCAGCAGCAUCAACGCCGACAAGCUAACAUCAGCCUCCAACCCGGAUAAGGCUUCAUCCAUGGCCAUCGCCAUUUUGCUGGAUAAAUACUGCUAUCCUGUGGUGCUUCCCAAGAGCCGUGAUCUGAGUCGGGACGCCAGGGCGGAAGACGCCGAAGGGCGCGAGCGAGUUCAAAGGGAAAUGCCGAACCAUUUGAAGAAACAAUUUGGCGCCAUUGUGGCUACUGACCCACUUCAUCCUUUGAGUCCUGAAGACAAAGAGUUGCUCUGGCAUUUCCGACACGAGUGUAUGCGUGAUCCUAGGGCUUAUCCAAAGCUGCUAUCGUCUGUCCGGUGGGGAAACCAGGAAGAUGCCCUCGCCACGCAUCAGAUGUUGGAGCGCUGCACUGCAUGGGACAGCAGCGUUUUAGACGUCGGCCUAGCCAUGCAGUUGCUAGACUGCCACUACUCUGACGCUCAAGUCCGCUCCAUGGCCGUGAGGAAGUUGGAGACCCUGGAGGACGCCGACGUGCUUCGAUACCUUCUCCAGCUUGUUCAGGCAGUGAAGUUUGAGCCCUAUCAUGAUAGCGCACUAGUCCGGUUCCUGCUCAAAAGAGCGCUAAAGAGUAAGCGUAUCGGCCAUUUUCUCUUCUGGUUCCUGCGCAGCGAGAUCGCUCAGUCCAAACAUUACCAGCAGAGGUACGCGGUUCUAUUGGAGGCCUACCUGCGAGGCUGCGGCGAGGCCAUGCUGCAGGAUUUUGGGAAACAGGUGGAGGUGACUGAGGCGCUGCAGAAAGUCACACGAGAGAUUAAGACGAUGUCUCCGGACAAGUAUGACGUCACGGCGCAAGUGGUGUGCCAGAUGCGUCAGAAGUUGGAGCUCCUACAGUCGUCUGGUCUCCCUGAGGGUUUCAGGGUCCCAUAUGAUCCUGGACUAAGAGCUGGAAGCUUACUGACUGAACAGUGUAAAGUGAUGGCGUCCAAGAAGAAGCCACUUUGGCUGCAGUUCAAAAGGGCCGACCCCACCACUCUGUCCAAAGACCCCAUUGGGAUCAUCUUCAAGCACGGUGAUGACCUCAGACAGGACAUGCUCAUCCUACAGAUUUUGCUGAUCAUGCAGUCCAUUUGGGAGACUGAAUCCCUAGACCUGUGCCUAUUACCUUACGGAUGCAUCUCUACCGGAAACAGAAUAGGUAUGAUAGAAAUCGUCAAGGACGCCACUACCAUUGCAAACAUCCAGCAGAGUGUCGUCGGAAGCACCGGAGCCUUCAAAGACGAAAUCCUUCAUCAGUGGUUGCGCGACAAGUGUGUUAGCGAAGACAAGUUUCAGCAAGCUGUGGAGAGGUUUUUGUAUUCCUGUGGCGGCUACUGUGUGGCCACAUUUGUUUUGGGUAUAGGCGAUCGCCACAAUGACAACAUCAUGAUCACCGAAUCGGGAAAUCUCUUCCAUAUUGACUUUGGUCACAUCUUGGGAAACUACAAGAGCUUCAUGGGAAUUAGUAAGGAGUGGGUUCCUUUUGUGCUUACGCCAGAUUUUCUGUAUGUCAUGGGAACGUCAGGGAAGAAAAGUAGCCCUCAUUUCCAGAAAUUCCAGGACGUGUGCGUGAAAGCUUACCUCGCUUUGCGACACCACACCAACUUACUCAUCAUCCUCUUCUCCAUGAUGUUAAUGACUGGAAUGCCCCAGCUGACCAGCAAAGAGGACAUCGAGUACAUCCGCGAAGCGUUAACUGUCGGCCGCAGCGAGGAUGAAGCGCAGCGUCACCUGCUGGACCAAAUCGAGAUCUGCAGGGAAAAAGGCUGGAUGGUGCAGGUUAACUGGUUUGUUCACCUGGUGCUGGGGAUAAAGCAGGGGGUGGAGAAACGCUCCACAUGAGUGGUUUUUAAAGAACGAAGUGUCAUUAAGUCAUUUCAGUCACCAUUCAUUAACCAAGUUUGUGAAUUUUUUUAAACUUAGAUGCAGCUUUUCCCACUGAAAGUCUUAAUGUUUCAGCAAAAUUAACAUAAAACCUUAAUUUUCUUUUUUCACUUUUUUAAAGUUGUUUUGAUUGGAAAUGAACUAUGCUGGCCAAAAUUAUCGGCACCCCUGCAAUUCUGUCAGAUAUGCUCAAUUUCUCCCAGAAAAUGAUUGCAAUUACAAAUGCUUUGGUAGUAAUAUCUUCAUUUAUUAUGCUUGGAAAAGCGCUAUAUAUGUAUAACACCAUUUACCAUUGCAAUUAAAAAACACAAAAGAGAAUGGGAAAAAAAUCUAAUCAUCAUCAUUUUACUUGGGCUGUCAAACGAUUACAAUUUUUAAUCGAGUUAAUCACAGUUUAGAAAUUAAUUCAUCAUAAUUAAUCGCAAUUCAAACCAUCUCUAAAAUAUGCCAUAUUUUUCUGUAAAUUAUUGUUGGAAUGGAAAGAUAAGACAAGAUGGAUAUAUACAUUCAACAUGCUGUACAUAGGUACUGUAUUUGUUUAUUAUAACAAUAAAUCCACAAGAUUGCAAUAACAUUAUUAACAUUCUUUCGGUGAAAGGGAUCCACGGAUAGAUUCUUAAAGGAUAAAUGUCAGUUUGUAUAUUGUGACUAAAUAUUGCCAUCUAGUCUAUGUGUUGAGCUUUCAGUAAAUGAUAAUGUAGUGACAAAACUGUUCUGCCCAAAUGCAUGAUCGGAAGUGGGUAACCAUGACUGUGUGUGGCGGCUGCAAAUAAUAUAUCUUCUCUGUGUUGUGUACAAUGAAGGGUGCUAAGAAAAAGAUCAAUGCCAAUUCUUUUGUCCGGCCCAUUUUUGGAGUUUUGUGUAAUAUGAUCAUAAUUUAAAAUUUUUUUCAUUCUCUUUUGUGUUUUUUCCAUUGCAAGCAAAAUAAAUGAAGAUGUUACUACCAAAGCAUUUGUAAUUGCAAUCAUUUUCUUAGGAGAAAUUGAGCAUUAACAGAAUUGCAGGGGUGCCAAUACUUUUGGCCAGCAGUGUACAUCUUCAAUAUCUAGAACUCCGCAGUUUACAAUGACAAAUUUUAUGGGAUUUUACAACCUUUUUUUAUUCAUGCUUAAUUUCCAUUCUUUUAGCUCAUUUGCUACCAUUGACGGCAAUAGCCGUCCAAUCCAUUUGCACCAGUAGAAACGUUCAGUUGGAUUGGAUCACUAUCACCAUCAAUGAUAGCCAAUGGAAUUCCAUAUUUGAGCCAUUACUGCAAUCUGGUAGUAUUCACAGCACACGGCACUUAUUACAGUACAGUAUUAUUGAUUUUUUUUGUGUUGAAAUAGGUUUCAUUAGGUUUACUUGUGUUUAAAAUUUGCAGAAUGGGUAAAAACAAAGUUUUUUUAUGAUCUAUCAGGAAAGACUAAAAAAAAUAAACAAUGAUUAAACAAAGUUCUGUUCCUCUUCUUAUUUUUGAGUUGAUUGUUCUCUUCCUCCAGUUGCUGUAUCGGUUAAGGAGGCACAUAAUAAUUCUCAAUAUACUAGUACUUUUUGCUGUCACUUUCUGGAUAAUGUGUAGAUUUGUAUCUUCUUUACCCUCACAUUAUUCCUCCCAUCACUUUAGCUCUUAAUCAUUGCCAUUAUUUUCUCAGCAGAUGAGUGGGCGCAGGUGGACAAGAUUGACGCCCUUUCUUCUUUUCUCACUAUGGCUUUGAACUGCAAAUGGAUUUGUCAGAAGAGUAAAAAAAAGCCCCCUCGUUUUUCAGCUCUUUCUGACUCCUUAAGGCUUUUUAGCACGCCUUCGUGAAUCGUGUGGAGGCUGAACAACAAAUGUGAAUGGAAAUGCAAGAAGACAAAAAGCUUUGUUGUCUUUUGGCAUUUGCGCGCGGAGAAACGUGUCUCCUUUUAUGCACUCAUUUAAGUGUAAGUAGUACAGUUUUAGACUACUUUGGCUGCCAUUGACGACAAUACACGUCCAACCCAUUUUGACGGUCAAAAUACCCAAAUUUUCGCACUAUAAGGCGCACCUGACUAUAAGCCGCCACCCACUAAAUUUGACACAAAAACAACAUUUGUUUAUAGAUAAGUCGCACUGGGUAUUAUGGGAUAUUUACACUAAAAGAUAUCAACCGGUAACACCUUAUUCGACAGCGAAAUCAUACAACAGUCAUAAGACCAAAUGAAGCUUUGAAGCAAUUGGCUGCAACGCUUCAUUGCUUCAAGAAGCUUCAUUUGGCCUUCACUGCUUCCUAGGGGGGAGACAGUCAACCUCUGCUGCCACCUGCUGUCAACACUGUUGUCAUCCAACAUGCCUCCUACCAUGCAUUGCAGCGCUAAAGAUAUAAAUAACCAUCAAAAUUCAUGUUCUGUGCUAAUUAUAUCUUCAGUUACUGUUCCAGUUGUUUCAUUAAUUGCUAGUUGUGGUAUUUCGUAACACUUUAUUUGACAUUGGCGCUAUAAGACUAUCAUAAUUAUGACACUGCUAUGAGCAUUAAUGAAUGCUUAUAACAUGUUAUUUCGUGUCAGCCAGCAAAUUAUCUCACUUUUAAAUGAAUAUAAAAGAUCCGAACAGGACAUAAAUGGGGAUAGUGACAUAAUUUUCGGGAUGACACUUAAUGACAUCUGUCAUGAGCAUUAAGUAAUGCCCAUGAUAGUGUCAUGUCACAGUUAUGACGGUCUUAUGACACCGCUGUCAAAUAAAGUGUUACCUAUUAACCCAAAGAAAUCAACAAAUAAGCCACAGUUGGACUGUAAAGGCCGAGUUAUACUUCCGCGUCAGACCUGCGUCGUCAAGGAAGACUCGAGUUACGACCCUGCGCCGUAGCCUGACGUGCGCCUCUCAAAUCUUCCAACCUUCGCGUCGCGUAGACGUGUAUGACGUGGCGAAAACGGACUGUGAUUGAUCCGCUCAGACUGUUGUUUCCGGUUUAGCGCGAAAUCACCGCCAUUGUAGAAUAGAAUCAAACAUUAUUUUCUACACGCAAAAAUGGACCAAGCCGACGGGAGUAUCAUCGAAGAGCAAGUCUCGUCAAGACAUUAUUGUGAUUGCCAAAUGGCAAGGUCGGCGAUUGAAAAAAAAAAAAAAAAGAAUGGAAGAACCACCGAGACGUGCGUGUUCGGAAUCGAGUGACGACACGAAGCGGUGACCCAGUCGGCCAAAAACUGCCAACUUUUUAUCACUUAUGUGAUAAAUAUGUCGUAUUUUUGGUUGGUGCACUUCAUCAUUUAUUGUGUACAUAUGUUUGCUGUGAGUCUGUGACUUAUUUACGUGUCACACUUCAAGUAUAUGAAGAAAAAAGCACAGACUUGGUGUCAAAAGAGUUGUUUUGAUCUUUAAUUUUCAAUAACAGGCAGUUCACACACGAUACAUCAUCACUGAUUGAGAGUGCCUCGGUGCUUUUUAUGAUAACGUUAAAAUCAAGACUCCCAACGCAGUUUGGGAAGUUCCAUAGACGCCAGAAAUCUGCUAUGGCUUCCCACUGGCUGGUUGUAGGACAUGGCAAACAAAUCGGGCUGGAGGGCUUUGCAGACCUUGAAUACAGUGCUCGACGCCAGUUUGAAGCUAGGCGCCACAGCUAGCUCUCUCCACCCGAGUCUAAAACUCUCUGUGCGGUAUCAAAAGUCGGCCAGACCGCCUCGAAACCGUCUUCUGUGUCGCCUGCCCCUCAACAUUUGUAUGUUCAAUAUUUAUUCAUUGUUGAUGAGCAGAAUAUUUACUUUCAAGAGUUCCAUCUUGCAUUGUUUAUUUUUUCUCCGACUAGCGGAAGUCAACAAGCAUGCCCCAAAACCGUACAAACAUAACGCCACAUCCCUCUAGUGGCUUGGCGGUGAAUUACAGAGCAAUGCUUUCCCUCACCGCAGAACUAUCGAAUGUCGAAUGACGCCGUAGUCGCUGCGCCAUCAUCAAGUAUAACUCCGGCUUAAGACGCAGGAUUCAAAAUGAACAACUGUCAUAAGACCAAAGGAACUACCAUGAAGCUUUGAAGCCACAUUGCUUCAAGAAGCUUGGCCAUCACUACCCCCUCGGGGGGGGAGACAGGCAACCUCUGCUGCCACCUGCUGUCAACACUUGUUGUUGUCCAAAAUGCCUCCUAGCGUACAUUGCAGUGCCACAGAUGUAAAUAACAAUCAAAAUUCAUGUUCUGUGCUAAUUUUUUUCUUCAGUUACUGUUCCAGUUGUUUCAUUAAUUGCUAGUUAUGGUAUUUCGUAACACUUUAUUUGACAGUGGUGCCAUAAAACUAUCAUAAUUAUGACAUGACACUACCAUGAGCAUUAUGAAUGCUGAUAACAGAUGUUAUUUAGUGUCAUCCAGCAAAUUAUCUCACAUUUGAAUGAAUGUAAAAGAUCCGAGCUGGACAUAAAUGGAGUUAGUGACAUAAUUUU